GCUCCGGCGGGGGACGGGGACGGGGGGGGCCGGCGGGGGCGAGAUGAGCGCUGGGCUCCCCCUGGGCAUAGAGCCUCCCUGUGAAUGAGCUGAGGCGAGGCCGCCAGCCGGGUGCCCCCCUCCUUCUCCACCUCCUCCUUGUCCCCCCCCCUCCUUCCCCUUCUCCCCCGCGCACCGCCGGGAGCGCGGCCCUGCCCGCACAGCCGGCGCCGACGCCGUGGCCGGGGGGAACUGAAGGAAGGUCACCAUGGGAGCAUUUUUAGACAAGCCAAAGAUGGAGAAGCAUAAUGCCCAGGGGCAGGGGAAUGGGCUGCGUUACGGUCUGAGCAGCAUGCAGGGCUGGCGCGUGGAAAUGGAGGAUGCGCACACGGCUGUGAUUGGUUUGCCAAAUGGACUUGAUGGAUGGUCAUUUUUUGCUGUCUAUGAUGGGCACGCUGGAUCCCAGGUUGCCAAGUACUGCUGUGAGCAUUUAUUAGAUCACAUCACGAGCAACCAGGAUUUUAAAGGGCCAGAUGGGCCACCAUCUGUGGAAAGUGUAAAGAGCGGCAUCAGAACAGGUUUUCUGCAAAUUGAUGAACACAUGAGAGUCAUCUCUGAGAAGAAGCAUGGUGCAGACAGAAGUGGGUCAACAGCUGUGGGUGUCAUGAUUUCUCCCCAACACACGUACUUCAUCAACUGUGGAGACUCGAGAGGUUUGCUCUGUCGAAACAGGAAGGUUCACUUCUUCACACAGGAUCACAAACCAAGUAACCCGCUGGAGAAGGAGCGUAUACAGAAUGCAGGUGGCUCCGUCAUGAUUCAGCGUGUGAAUGGCUCCCUUGCUGUUUCAAGGGCACUUGGGGACUUUGAUUACAAAUGUGUCCAUGGGAAAGGUCCUACAGAACAGCUGGUCUCACCCGAGCCUGAAGUUUAUGAAAUUGAGAGAUCAGAAGAAGAUGAUCAGUUCAUCAUCCUGGCUUGCGACGGUAUCUGGGAUGUUAUGGGAAAUGAAGAGCUGUGUGACUUUGUAAGAUCCAGACUUGAAGUCACUGAUGACCUUGAGAAAGUUUGCAAUGAGAUAGUUGACACCUGCUUGUACAAGGGAAGUCGAGACAACAUGAGUGUGAUAUUGAUCUGUUUUCCGAAUGCACCAAAGGUAUCACCAGAGGCGGUGAAAAGAGAGGCAGAGUUGGACAAGUACCUGGAAAGCAGAGUAGAAGAGAUCAUAAAGAAGCAGGGUGAAGGAGUGCCAGACUUAGUCCACGUGAUGCGUACGUUAGCAACUGAGAGCAUCCCAAACCUCCCGCCGGGGGGGGAGUUGGCAAGCAAACGGAGUGUGAUUGAAGCUGUGUAUAACAGACUGAACCCCUACAGGAAUGAUGAUGCUUCUGGAUUAUCCAGAAACUGCCGCAAGGAUGGGCACUCCAGACUUUAAAGGGUUCCUUCUUUUUUCUUUAAGGAUUCUGCCUCAACUGAUGAUAUGUGGUAAAACUGCUCAUCUAGCUGUGGAGUUCACCUUUCAUCCUGCAAAUGAAAGUGCAGCCCAACCUCAGUGACCCUUCUUAACAUCCAUCCUCAACCUUAAUUAAAGAAGGGAAUAUGAUGUGUUGGUGAGAGUGACUACAGCAGUACAACAUCUAGCCCAGGAACUGAUCUUUUUUGUAAAACAGACUUCUGUAAACGUGAUUUCAAACCAUAAAUUCAUGUUGUAAAUCAGACUCCAGCAAUUUAUGUUGUAUGAUUUUGUUUUUGUAAAGUGCAAUUGUCUUUGUACAAAUGCUCAUAUUUAAUUAUGAACCGCUUUAAAUCACUAUAAAGGUUAGAAGAAAUGUUUUGGCUUGUGUGAUGCAACAAUAUAUAUCCCUUUUAAAAAUCAUGUUGUGGUUUUGGAUUGCAAGGAGCAGCAGCCUAGCCAGCUAGGUGCUCAAGAGGUGCACAAAACUGUUAAAGAUAACUUUUUGGUUUAUAUGAAAGCUGAACUCAUGGGCAACCUACCAGAAAUUACAGUGUGUGAAUUUCACUUGGCCAUGGAAAAAUAACUUAGGAGUAGUGCACAUUCUUCAGCAAACAUACAUCAUUUUCUUGGAUGCACUCCUGCUCUCACGUUGAGUCGAAGGGAUUUGUGAUUUGGAGUUCAGUGGGAGUUAAAUCAUGCCCUGUUAACAGUAUCCUGUUCAUACAUGUACCAAUCUUGGAAUUAGAACACCUUGGUUCUUUGCACCUCUUUUUUCAUUAACCCUUACCUGAAACUACUAAUCAGUGAGCACGAAGACAACUUUCUACAUAAAGUGGGAGUCUGCAGCAUUUUUACAAUCCUGAUUGGCUGGGUCUGCUGCUGUUCCAAGAAAAAUACUCUUGAAUUCCAUUUUAUCAAUAAAGCUUGAUUUAACAAACAAGA